AUGGAAGAAGGUUUGAAGCAUGACGUUAUUGAUUGGUUUGAGGGCAUAUCAGAGAGUGCCUUCGAAGUUCAGACUGACACUCUUCGCAAGAUUCUUGAGCAGAACUGGGGUGUGGAGUAUCUGAAGAAAUGGUUUGGGGAUGUCAAUAUCCAAUAUAUGGAUGCAAGUGCAUUGGAAUCCCUUUACACCUCUUUGGUGCCUCUUGCUUCCCAUGCAGAUUUUGAGCCUUACAUUAACAGAAUUGCAGACGGGGAUACUGCUCAUUUACUCGUUCAACAACCUGUUAGUCUUUUCUGCAUAAGGUUCUAUCCAAUAAGGGAAGGAGGAAGGAUCUUUGAGUUCAUAUACAACAGCAGACAAUUCAAAACGAAAGGAGGGUUGAAAGUAGGAACAGCAACAACUCAUUAUUUUGCAAGCGAAGAGUUUAAGAUCAAGCAAGAAAAAACAAAGACCUUCACUUGCCGCCCACAUGAAGUCAUUUUUGGUGAAGACUACAACCAAUCUACUUAUUGUCAUCUCCUCCUUGGUCUCUUCUUCUGUGAUGAAGUAGAGUUCAUAGCCUCUACUUUUGCUUAUAGCAUAGUUCAAGCCUUUACAACAUUUGAAGAUGUUUGGAGAGAAAUAGGCAAUGACAUUAAACAAGGUACUCUGAGUGAAAGAAUCAACUUGCUAGAGAUGAGGAAAGCUGUGCUGGCUAUCAUCUCUCCAAAUCCAAGCUUGGCUUCAAAGAUAGAAGAAAGCUGCAAGAAGUUGGAAAAUCUAAACUGGGCUGGCUCAAUGCUACCUUACUGGAAAAAGCUAAGGCAUUAUUCUGGGGGCUUGCCUUUAGUGAGUGCUGAUUAUGCAUCAACAGAGAGUUUCAUUGGAGUUAAUGUGGAUCCUUCUUUGCCUCCUGAGGAUGUUACUUUUGCAAAUCAAGAUUGCAGCUCAGCCAUUGAUGAGUUCAUAGAAGGUGAGCUAGUACCACUCUCGAAGGUCAAGGUUGGGCAACAAUAUGAGGUUGUCCUCACUACUUUUACUGGGCUUUACAGAUGCCGGCUUGGAGAUGUAGUGGAAAUAGCUGGUUUUCACAAUGGGACACCAAAAUUGAGCUUUAUGUUCAGGAAAAAGCUAAUUUUGAAUGUAACCAACGACAAAACCACCGAACAAGACUUGCAAAAAGUGGUGGAGAUGGGGUCUCAGCUACUCAUGAGCAAGGCUGGAGCAGAGCUUGUGGAUUUUACUAGCCACGCUGAGGUAGAAAACCUACCAGGUCACUACAUAAUUUACUGGGAAAUCAAAGGACAAGUUGAGGAAGAGGUUAUUGGUGAGUGUUGCAAUAAAAUGGAUGUAUGUUUCGUCGAACAUGGCUAUGUGGUGUCAAGAAGAACCAAUUCAAUUGGACCUCUAGAGCUUUGUAUUGUCCAGACAGGAACUUUCAAGAAGAUAUUAGGCUAUUUCAUUGGAAAUAUUGGGGGAGCAUUGAGCCAGUUCAAGACUCCUAGGUGCACUAACAAUCAGGGACUCUUGAAAAUUCUCAGUGAGAGCACCGUUAAAAGGUUCUACAGCACUGCAUAUGAGUAA